UACGGUUUUAUACUUCACGCCGGGGAGAACAAUGGAGAUCUGACGUGAAAUGUUUGUUGUUUAGAAACAGAUGGCUAACUGUAUUUUAUCCCAUUACAGUGCAGCUCUUUCUGGCUGGAAGACUCUGUGGAUACGGCCAAGCACCGAGGUCAGCUUUUUGACAGGGCCAUCUGCCUACAGAGGGAACUAUAAGUGGGUGGGUUAUAUUUAGAGCCUGGUCCAAUGAAGAGCUGAGGGCCCUAGUGACUUUCCAAUGCAGCUCUCACCCAGGCUCUGGCUGCCACACUUUGAUGCCAUAAGUGCUCAGGGGGAAUAAUAGAGAAAUACUGGGGAAAAGAAAUAAUAAAAAGAAUUAAAACGGAUUAUUGCAAAAAAAACUGCAGGACGGGCGGACAGUUCUAUCAAUUGGCCAAAUACCUGUAUAUAUGGAUUUGUCUUUUCGGUCACCUGAUCAGAGAUCUGAAGAUAACAGGCAUCUCCUCCUAUAGAGCUUUCCAAAAAUGCGACCGCAAAGUAAUAGCAUUGAGUGUGCAAACAAGACAAUGACCUGCAGAGAAGCCAACAUCUACCAGCGUAUUCGUGAGGAUUCUGAUACUAUCAAAAGGAACAUGGGAAAUAAGGAACAAGACUAUAUUUCUGAGACGGAUACAAUCCUACGGAGUAAGAAUUCUGAUCGGAAACAAAAGGCCUCUAACAGAAAGGCAGAUGACCUCUCUCGGGAUGACCUGCUGUUCCUUCUUAGCGUGUUGGAGGGAGAGCUACAAGCUCGAGAUGAAGUUAUAUCCGUGCUGAAGGCAGAAAAAAUAGACUUAGCUUUACUAGAAGCCCAAUAUGGGUUUGUUACUCCAAAACGGGUCUUGGAAGCUCUUCAGAGAGAUGCAAUCAAAGCGAAUGCUACACAAUGGGAAGAAGAUGUCUACGAAAAGCCAAUGUGUGAGCUGGAUAAGGUUGUGGAAAAGCAAAAGGAAACUCACAAGAGAAUGCUAGAGCAACUUCUAAUGGUGGAGAAAUCCCAAAGACAAACCCUGUAUGACUUAGAGGAUGAAAAGAGAAAACACACGGAGUAUAUGGAAAAAAGUGACGAAUUUACCAAUCUACUGGAGCAGGAACGAGAAAGGCUAAAAAAGCUGAUUGAACAAGAAACAACCUACCAAGCUAAAAAAGAGAAAGAGAACCACAAGAAAAUAACCAAGCUCCGCGAUGAGCUCACAAAGCUCAAGUCAUUUGCGCUAAUUGUGGUCGAUGAGCAACAGAGGUUGACUGAACACUUACAUGAGCAAAGUGCCAAGAUCCAGGAGCUAACAUUAACUGCCCAAAAAGCACAGGAUAAACUUGUCAUCACAGAAAUAAAAGCAGAAGAAGAAGAGCAAAAAGCAAACAGACUUGAAACAGAACUUCAAACUCAGGAAAGUAAGUUCUUUCAAGAGCACGAAUUCAUGAUGGCCAAACUAACCAGUGAGGAAACUCAGAAUCGCCAACUCCGAAUGAAGCUGGCAGCGCUCAGCAGACAAAUAGAUGAGCUCGAGGAAACCAACAAGACACUGCGUAAAGCAGAGGAUGAACUCCAUGACCUAAGAGAGAAGAUGAAUAAAGGAGAAUGUGGAAACUCCAGCCUCAUGGCAGAAGUGGAGGAGCUGAGGAAACGUCUGCUGGAGAUGGAAGGCAAAGACGAAGAGCUCAUAAAAAUGGAAGAACAAUGCAAAGAUCUGAACAAAAAACUAGAAAAAGAAGCAUCACAGAGUAAAACCUUAAAAGUCGAGGUAGACAAGUUAAGCAAAAGAAUAAAUGAGUUGGAAAAAUUGGAAGACGCGUUUAAUAAAAGUAAACAAGAAUGCCAAUCUAUUAAAUGCACCAUGGAAAAAGAGCGCGCUGCCACCAAACAACUGUGCAAUGAGCUAGAAAGUUUAAAAGUUCGUAUACGGGAGCUGGAAACGAUUGAAGAGAAGCUUGAAAAGACAGAAAAUAUACUAAAAGAAGAUCUAACCAAGCUAAAAACCUUGACCGUGAUGCUCGUGGAGGAAAGAAAAUCACUAACAGACAAAAUUAGGCAAACAGAGGAGAAACUAAAGUCAGCCAAUACACAACUACAGCAGGAACAAAACAAAGUGACCACUAUCACAGAAAAACUGAUAGAAGAAAGUAAGAAGUCUCUUAAGUCUAAGGCAGAAUUACAAGAGAAGAUGCACACAAUCACAAAGGAGAACGAAGACCUUAAGUGUAAACUAAGAGCAGAGGAAGAGAAGGGGAAUGAUCUAAUGUCGAAAGUUACUGUCCUCAAAAAGAAGCUUCAGUCACUUGAAUCUAUUGAAAAGGAGUUUCUAAAGAACAAAAUGAAACAAGACAGUAAGCCAUCAGAAGCAUUCUACCAAGAAAACAACAAAAUUAGAGAACUCACGCAAGAGGUUGAAAGGCUAAAACACACCCUUAAGCAAAUGAAAGCAAUGGAGGAUGACCUCAUGAAAACAGAGGAUGAGUUCGAAUCUCUGGAGAAAAAGUAUUACAAUGAGCAGCAGAAAGCCAAAAUGUUUUCUGAAGAACUUGAAGUUGUGAAAAUGGAACUAGCAAACUACAAACUAGCGGAGAAAUCAGGACUGUACCAAGAAAAGGUGCUACUUGCAAAGCUGAAGGAGGAAGAAGCAAAGUCGGGCCACCUUUCUAGAGAAGUGACAGCACUGAAAGAGAAGAUCCAUGACUACAUGAAGACAGAAGAUAAUAUUUGUCGUCUGAAGGGAGAUCACUCUGUUCUCCAAAGGAAGCUCAAUCAACAAGAAAACAGAAACAAAGAGCUGUCAAAAGAAAUGGAGAAUCUCUCAAAAGAACUCGAAAGGUAUCGGCGCUUUAGCAAGAGCCUCAGACCUAGUCUCAAUGGACGGAGAAUCUCAGACUUUCAAGUGUUUUCAAAGGAGGUGCAGACAGAUCCGAUCUACAAUGAGCCACCUGACUACAAAAGUCUUGUUCCAUUGGAGAGAGCUGUUAUAAAUGGACAACUUUAUCAAGAAAGUGACAAUGAGGAUGAUGAGACAACUGAUGAUGAGUCCAACAUAACUUAUAAGGGCAACUCCACAAAUGGAAAUACUAUCAACAACAAUAGAAAACAAAGAUCUCCAUGGACAAAACCAGGUCAACAACAGGCCAAAAACGGGAAAGUACAUCUGAAACAGAAUGGAAACUACAUCCAUCCAGGAGACAUGGUCCUUACACAUACGCCAGGACAACCUUUACAUAUCAAAGUCACACCAGACCAUGGACAAAACACAGCCACACUUGAAAUCACAAGCCCUACUACAGAAAGCCCACACUCCUUCACCAGUACUGCAGUUAUACCAAGUACUGGGACUCCAAAACAACGAAUAACAAUUAUUCAAAAUGGUUCUUUGACACCUGUGAAAUCGAGAGUAAUUGAUGGCUAUGUUACACCAGAGCAAGUUGUACCUCCCCUUACAAUGACUUCUUUUGUACGACCUAGGAGCCCAGACUCAUGUGGUUCUAUAACACCCGAGAGAACAAUGUCCCCAAUCCAGGUACUGGCUUUAACAAGUUCAUCUAGUUCCCCAGACCGGGUGCUUUCCCCCGAACCUAUGGAAAUUGGUGGAACUCAUGCAGUUUUUCGAGUUUCCCCUGACAAACAAACUGGCUGGCAAUUUCAAAGGUCAAACAGUUCUAGCUCAACGUCAAGUGUAAUAACUACUGAGGACAAUAAAAUACACAUUCACCUAGGGACACCCACCAGUCCCAUCAUGCCGGUGCAAGAGAAGAGACAUUCACUGACUAAUGGGAUUCCAAAUAAGGCCACAAAUAAUAUCACCAGCAGUAUUACUAUCACCCCAACAGCUACUCCACUAUCACGGCAAUCACAAAUUACAGUGUCAGAAGAGGCAUUUCAUGGCAGUGCGCCAACCCGGAUUCCCAAACCAAAAGUCUGGACCACAUCCAAACUACCUAUUAAAAAGCCAGUGGGGAAUGGGAUAAAUGGUGAACAGGUGAACAAAGACAAAUUCCAUUCAUUGAGACCUGUGUCUAAUUUCCAGUUUGUAUCAAAGAGGUGAUCCCCAGGAGCGGAGGAAUACUGCGCAGUGUCAAACACUGUACUGAACCACAUCCAAGACUCGGACAAAAAUGAUUCGCUCUCAUUCUGUAUAUUGCCUUCCGGAGGCUACAACUUAUGUGUAUGUGUGUGAUUUCUAUGGAUUUUAUUUUCUAAUAAAAGAAAUGGUCAU